CUACCACCUAUUUUGGGAGUUUGGGGAGAAAUGGGACUAGACGAUGCCACAUUUUCAUGUACAAUUUUGAAGAAGAAUGAAAAGUCCAUCAAAAAAACUCUGUUUUUGAUUGGAUUUCUCUUGCCCUGCAUAGUUAUAAUAGUUUCAUAUUCGUGUAUUUACUUAACUGUUAUACGACAAAAAAGAAGAAUGGAAACUCAUAGAAACUAUAAAAUUUCGUCGAAUGAGUCGGUAUUGACUGCUCGAAAACAGAACGAGGAUAACAGAUUGACUGUAAUGAUGGUUACCAUAUUCGGCUGCUUUCUUGGCUGUUUCUUGCCAUUAAUGUUGGCGAACGUAGUGGAUGAUGAAAGGAAAACGAGUUACCCCUGGUUUCACAUUAUGGCGUCAGUAAUGGCAUGGGCGUCGAGUGUCAUAAAUCCGAUUAUUUAUGCCGCAACCAACAGGAAUUAUAGGAUAGCGUAUUACAACACCUUAAAAAAUUUAAAGUUUUGGGGCAAACCAUUGCCAUCAAUUCAUAGCAGGAGCAUGCUUCCCAGCAAAAAUGACGAAUAUACGGGUCCUGCGAGGAGUAUACCGUUGUUUCAAGUUGCUGGUGGAAAGAGUAUUAACAAUUUGUGCCAAACAUACUCAGUAUAAGAAUUAUAACACAUUUUAUAGUAUUAAUUAUGUAAUUGUAGGGUAACAAGAUAACUUUAUUACUGCAUUUUGUCUCAAGCACACAUUUGUUCUUACCGAUAAAUAGCAUUGCAACAUAUACAUGUUUAUAAAAGAAAUUAUUAGGUUUAAUUAAAAAGCCUGUAUCUACCUUUUGAACUUUAUCUUCAAUGUACUUCUUUCUCUUAAGGCUAUCUAACAAUUUUUAACUUUACCAAAGUCUCAAAAUAAAAUAUGUAUCUAUUUUCUUAAAUAUA